AUGCCAAAGUUUCAGCCAAGUGUGUUCCAGAACGCCGAAGGGAAGAAUUUUGCAGAUCCUCACAGCGACCGAAGUGACUACUACUGGGUGACUGUGUUCAUCCCAGAAUAUAUGGAGCCGAGAUGGUGUACAGAUGAGAAGAUCCUAGCAUAUGUUCGCGAUCAAAUCCGACAUUGUCGUUGUAGUAUACAUGAGAAGGCCAUGCAUGGUUUGGGGAAGAAAUGUAUCUCCAUACCGAUCAGACGCAAUGAUGAGUAUGCUCCUCUGCCUGAUUUUUCUCAACAGCCUGCACAUCCAGAUAUCUAUCUUGCUAUAGAUAUUGCUGAAUUUUGGCGAGAAUCAGUUUGGGCGAACAAGAUUAUGCUUGAUAAAGACCUGAUCUUCGUUGCAAAACAUGGCAAAACAUUGAGAAUGGAAGACAUGGUGGAUGUCGGACUUGAUAUAAUGAACAUUUGGCGCAUCUAA